AUGGGUAUCGAUCUGCGGAAGCACCACGAGCGGUCCACGCACCGCAAGGCCCCCAAGAGCGACAACGUCUACCUGAAGCUCUUGGUGAAGCUUUACCGCUUCUUGGCCCGCCGCACUGAUGCUCCCUUCAACAAGGUGGUCCUGCGCCGCCUGUUUAUGAGCCGCAUCAACCGCCCUCCCGUCUCCCUCUCCCGCAUUGCGGCCAACAUCAAGAACGGCGGCGAGAGCAAGACGAUCGUUGUUGUCGGCACCGUCACCGACGACAACCGUCUCCUAACCGUCCCCAAGCUGUCGAUCGCCGCUCUCCGUGUGACCGCCACCGCCCGUGCCCGCAUCACCGCGGCCGGCGGCCAGGUCAUCACCCUCGACCAGCUCGCUCUCGAGAAGCCCACUGGCGCCAACACCCUCCUGCUCCGCGGCCCCAAGAACUCUCGUGAGGCCGUCAAGCACUUCGGUUUCGGCCCCCACAAGAACAAGAAGCCCCACGUCCGCUCCAAGGGCCGCAAGUUCGAGCGUGCCCGUGGUCGCAGAAGGUCGCGUGGCUUCAAGGUCUAA